AGUGUGAACUAUGAAGUUUCUUUUCCCUCUCCCAUGGGUAGGCCACAGGAUUAGAUUCUUGAACUCCUAAACAUGAGGUGGUCUCUGGACUACCUGUCUUAGGUGUGCCCCAGCAAGAGGACUAACUACAUCUAUAAAUGCCCAAAUUUUGUUUGAAUUGGAGCCAGUUUUCCCUUCUCCUUUUCUCUACUCUCUUCCUUCCUAUAUCUCUAUUUCACAACCCAGCAACAAUUUUUCUUUUUUGCUUCUCCAACCCAAUGGCAGAAACUUCUAAUUCUGUUACUGGGGCUGCUGCAUCAUCCAAUAGUGACCUCUCCCAUGGUGUUGACCAGGAUUCCAUCAUGAAUUACUGGUGCGAUAUUUAUUCUAGCAGUCAAGAUGAAUUAGCAGGGCCUUCGAUCCUGGACCAUGAAUGGGGCUAUGUUUUCGGCAGCCCAUCGCCCAAGACAAAGAAGAGGAAGAAGAAGGAUGUGGGCAGCACCAGUACAGUAUAUAGUACGAGUGAUCUUUCAGAGUCUUUAUCUGCAAUUUCUGCACAUCUAAGUCUAUCUUCGUCUGGAUCAUCAUCUGGAGACGGAGAUCAAGAUCAAGACAUUGAGAAGGAGGUUGCUGGAUUGAUGAAGAAUCAUGUUGGAAUUCUUCAAGAUAAGAAGCUGGAUAAUUCAAUGGAUAUCUUUCCAAGUUUUGAGUUUGACGUUCAUUCAUGGUCAUCAGAGAGUGAUGAAGAUGAUUCACUAUCAUCUGACACAAAUGAAGAUGAGAUACAAGCCUUAUCAACUUUCAUCUUGAGAGAAGGAACUCAGAAAGAUCAUUUUCAAGUACCAGAACUUGGAAUGGUAUUCUCUUCUGAUGAUGAGGCUUAUGAAUUUUACAAAAAAUAUGCUAAAGGAAUUGGUUUCAUUGUAAGAAAAGGAAAGGUGCGGCGAUCAUCCAAUGGAAGCAUUAGAGAACGGUUCUUUUUUUGUUCAAAAGAAGGGUUUCGGUCAAAGAAGCAGGUCAACAAGAUAACGAAGUUCAAGAGAAAAGAAACUAGAACAGGCUGCAGAGCUAGGAUCAGGUGUACAGUUGAAAAUGGAAAAUGGGUAAUCUCCCAAUUUUCUCAAGAGCACAAUCAUCAACUUGAUGGUUUCAGUAAAACCUCUGAGCCCCACUUGUCGCUUCCCACCAAAAAUGAAGCUACAGUGGCAAAAGAUGCCAGGGCUACGAAAUGUUUUGAGUUUGGCAGUACCUAUGUACAUGAAAAGAAAAUAAAUAGCCUACAACCUGAAGAUGCUCAAAGCUUAAUAAAUUAUUUCAGACAUAUGCAGGUUGAGGAUCCAUCAUUCUUCUAUGCAGUUCAACUUGAUGCCAAUGGCUGCAUGACAAAUUUCUUCUGGACAGAUGGCAGGUCAAAGAUAGACUAUGAAUACUUUGGUGAUGUUCUUAUUUUGGACACAACUUUUAAGAUGGACAAGUUUGAAAUGAUUUGUGCGCCUUUUUGGGGACUCAAUCAUCAUCAACAGUAUGUCCUAUUUGGCUGUGCUUUCUUGCUUGAUGAGAGCAUCGACUCAUUUUGCUGGUUGUUUGAAACGUUUAUGGAAGCAAUGAGAAGGUGUCAACCUAAAACAAUUUUUACAGAUGAGGGUCAACCAGUGGGUGAUGCAGUAAAGAUGGUAAUGCCAGAAGCAAAACAUCAGCUUGGUUUAUGGUAUGUCCGCCGAAAUGCAUCAAAAUACCUUCCCACGUAUUACGUGCAACCCAGAUUUGAGAGCCUCUUUAAUAAAUGCAUUUCUGAUUGUCACACGGAGGAAGAAUUUGAGUCAACUUGGAGUUCGUUGCUGGAGCAGUUCGAUCUUCACAAAAAUCAUUGGCUUAAUACACUAUACAAGUCUCGGGUAAGAUGGGCUUAUAUAUUCAACAAGGAAAGUUUUUGUGCCGGCAUUCACUGCUCAGAUAACAUCAAGAGUAUUUUUCAAAAUUUAAUGGGUGAAACCAUAACUCUACAGAUGUUUGUUCAGCAAUAUUUUAAAGCAGCAGAACAACAACGUAGGGAAGAAUUAUAUGAAGAUUUUCAUUGCAAUGAAAGUGUACCAGAGAUGACUCUUGAUUAUGGUCUGGUUGAGAAACACGCAGCCGGUAUAUACACUCAUACAGUGUUUACUGCCUUCCAGAAAGAGUUGCAUAAAGUUUUGUCAGUGGCAUUAAGAGAAAUUUCCUCUAAUGGACCAGUUUCUAUAUUCCAAUUGACAGAGGUAGGCCUGAAGAAAAGCAUUGUGGAAUACAAUUGUGUGGAUUCUAGCAUUGUCUGUAGUUGCAAGAAAUAUGAAUCAGUUGGCGUUUUAUGUGCUCACACCUUAAAGGUUCUCAAUGCAAGAAACGUCAUUCAUAUACCACCCCAAUACAUAUUAAAGAGGUGGACAAAAUCUGCUAAAGAUGGUGUUGUGGCAGAUCUCUAUGGACAAGAGAUGGCUGACAAAAGGCAACAAGCAGUUCAUUUGCUUAUGCGCAAAGCUUUGAAUGUCAUUACUAAAGGUGUAUCAGUCAACGAGAGCCAAAAUAUAGUUGACAAUUGCUUGGACAUGGCACUGAAAAGGGUGGAAGGUGUUCUGAAGACAAAAAGCAGAAAUGAUCUUAAAACAACAGAAGUCCAUUAUGAACAUAAUAAUGGUGAAGCUGCUUCCACAGAUGGAUCAGGUAGGAGGUUUGAUGUGAACUGGAUGUCAGCAGAGGGGGCAGAAGAAGGGGCAGUGCUGUCUUUGCCGAAUGGUGCUUUGUCGUCAUUUCAGAUGGAUUUUGGGAUUAGGAGCAGUGGAGGUGGUAGAUGUAAUAAAAGAGAUAUGGAGGCUAUUGAAGCCGAGAGAGCGAGUUUAAGAGCAAGUGAUGAUGAAGAGAACGGAUUGACUAGGAAGAAACUCAGACUUUCUAAGGAGCAAUCAGCUUUCCUGGAAGAAAGCUUCAAAGAACACAAUACCCUCAAUCUUAAACAAAAGCUUGCUUUAGCAAAGCAAUUGAAUCUUCGUCCUCGUCAAGUGGAAGUGUGGUUUCAGAAAAGAAGAGCUAGGACAAAGUUGAAGCAGACGGAGGUGGAUUGUGAGUUUUUAAAGAGAUGUUGUGAGACACUGACAAAAGAAAAUAGGAGGUUGCAAAAGGAAUUGCAAGAAUUUAAGAGCUUAAAAACUUCCCAACCUUUCUACAUGCAACUUCCUGCCACAACUCUCACCAUGUGCCCUUCUUGUGAGCGCGUGGCUACCACUACUGCUUCCUCCUCCACUACUACCAACACCAAUGCCGCUGGUAACACCACCACCAGCAACAACAAACAACCACUGGCCACCACCGCCGCUGCCGCCAUCAUCCCUUUGACUACUACCACUAGCAACACAAAUUCUACAUCAUUGUCACUAGCUAAUAAGCCUAGGUUAUACCCUUUCACUACUCAAGUCCACAUGCCCCAAGCCCAAGCUCAAACUCACCAAGCUACUUCUUGACUGGCCAAGGUGUAAUUAGUGACUACAAAACAAAAAGAUGGAAAACAAAGAAAGGCAGAACUCCAUCCAUUUGUAAAUAUUGGGGCUCAAGCUUGAAGGAAUUUCUUUAUUAUUAAUUAAUUUUAUUUAUAUCGAAUUAGGAAGGAAGAAUUUAAAGAGUGAUUGAUGUGUUAUGUUGACAGAUGAUGAAGGAUUAUAGAAGAGAUUUUGCUAGAAAGAUCUCAAUUUUGUGGAAC